CACAGCCUCAGAAAUUCGCUUGAUUACACGUCUGACAUUCGUUCACUGUUCACCCUCGAGCGAAACGCACCCGCUUUCCAGCACAGUCGUCGAGCACUUCCGAGAUCAUGGACUCCUUUCUGAAGAAAGCUGCAGAGCAGGUCGCCGCAGCCUCUGACAAGGCCGCACAGGCCGCUGAGGCGAAGAUCGGUGCGAGCGGGGCAGAGCAGGUGAAGAAGUAUGGGCACGAGGCCGCAGACAAGAUUGCCCACAUCAACCCAGCGGACCUGGAGGGCCAGCUGAAGUCCUACGGAGUCAACAUUCCAGGCCUGGGCAGCUCUGGCACCACCAAUGCCACCACAGCUGGAAAGGCUGCCGUGCCAACUUCUGCGAAUGCCACCACUGGCGGCGUAGUCACCAAGCUGGCCGCAGCUCCCGAGGCAACUCCUGACGCGCCGGCUGCUGCGGCGACGCCCGCCACCGAGCCGGCCGCCACCCCGGCCGCUGCCGUCGACCCGGCCGCGCCGGCCACCGGCACUCACUAGCGCGCCAAAUUGCCGGCCGCCUCGAACAGUGGAGACAUGGUACUGUGCGUGUUUGAGACAGGGUGAUAGGACGGCGUUUACCAGAGCUAAUGAUCUCUGAAUUGCUAAUGGCGCCUUGUCACUGUGGACCCAUGUCGCCUGCGUGAGGUGUCUGUGGAGGGCGCCAUUUGCUUUCGCUGGCAGACCUGACAGAAAUGAUGUCAACGAGGUCCUGAGGGACACAAAUUGUUUGCCAUAGUUUGAGGGGGGAGAGCGAGCCGCAAAAUU